ACCCAACUUUCUCUCUCUUCUGCGAUUUUUUCUCUCCAAAGGCGUUUUUUUAGGGUUUCAAUUUUUUUCACGGUUUUCCUUCAUCCUUGAUCAUCUUUUGGUGAUUUAGGAUGGGGGAAAUUCCUGUCUCAAACGUGAAUUCUCAUGGGGUAAAACGUGAGUUUUGCUGAUUUAGUUAAAGGUAAAAAAACCAUAUAUGCUAACAGAUUCUGAUUUUAUCUCUUCCUGAGGCGUCUUUAUAUCUUGAAGAACCAGCUUUGGUUUUACCUGUGGAACUCACUCAAGAAGGGCGUGAUAUCUUUCAGUUUAGUCUUAUUGGGAGACUGAAUUUCAAAGGAUUAAAACUUAAUGAUGUUCAAAAAAGUUUGGAAGAACAAUGGGGUAUUGGUGAUGGAAGAUGCAAACUGGUUCCUAUGACUAAGGGGUUCUUCAUCAUCAAACUGACUUAUGCAGAGGAUAAAGAAUGAGUUUGGCAUGGUGAUUCAUGGAAGGUUCAAAAUAAAACUCUUAGGGUUAUGAAUUUUUAUCCUAACUUUGAUCCAGAGAGGCAAAAUACAUCUCAUGCUACAGUUUGGAUUUUGCUAAGGUAAUUCCUAAAAGCAUAUGGCUUAAAGCUAAUGGAAGGGAGUUUUGGCAAUAUGUGGAAACACAGGAUCUGGAGAAUAUUAAGUUUUGUACUCAUUGUAAAAUUAUGGGACAUAAAUUUGAGAGUUGUCUAGCUGCUCCUAAGAUCUUAGGGAGUUCUGUUAUGGAAGGGAAACAUGUUUUGAAUGAAAGUACGGCUGUGUUUCAAAAGAAUAAAAAGGAAUGGCAGGUUAAAAAGUCUUUUGUAAAUACUACAGGUGUUGUGGGUUCUUCUUCUUUGGAUAAUUCUAAGGAAAAAGAAAAACAGGCUCCUACUAUUCAUGUUAUUUCAGAAUGUGUCGAGGCAACAAGGGAUGAGCUUACAACUUCAAAUUCUGUAGUUAAUAUUUCUACAAACAUGGCAGAAGUACAUAUAUGGACAAGAUUGUUCAGUCCGGUAAAGAUACUAUGGCAGAUGGAGAAGCAACCAUCAACGAUAUUUCAAAUGAUUCUACUGUUACAGAGUGUGAUGAUGAGGAUAAGAAGUUGGAGGAAGAGCUUAAUAACUCUUUUGUGGAGUAUCGUGAUGCUCAGCUCAAAUUGAUAAGAUGUAAAAACGCUAUUGCAGCCAAAAAAGAUCUUGCUUCACGUGAAGUUUCUAUCCAUGCAAGUCAUGCAGCUGUUCCGCCAGAGAAAAACAAGUCUGUGGUUUCUCAGUUCGUCCAGAAUACGGUUAUUCAGUCAACGCCUGUGACCAAAGAUAACUUUGAGAUCAGGUCCGUGUCCAAGCAAACAACUAAUACUCAUAUCCAGGCCGUGAAUUCUCAGGUUUUGAAUACAAAUCCAAUGUCAGGGUCCGUGUUAAAGCCAAACUCAGUUUUGGAGAGUUCUUCCGUGUCAAAGCAAACUACGGGAAGCAAUAUCCAGUCCGUCUUUUCUCAGGGUUUAAAUGCACAGGCCGGAAACAAGAAUAUUUCUGAGUCCGUGUCCAUUCAGGGCGGGACUAAAUCUCAGGGUUCGAAUACAAUUCCAAUGCCAGAGACCGACAAACUCAGUAUUGGAAACUAUUUCCUUACCUGAUUCUACUAAAGAGGAUUGGAAGACAGUUAAGGGUAAGAAUUCCCCACUAAGGGUACACCUUUUAAAUUUAAAUCUUUUGAAACUCCUUUUGUAGAUGAACUUUUUUAAACUGAAUUAGUGGUGAGUAACAAGUAUGGUGCUCUGGAUUCUGAGUUAGGACUUGCUAAUGAUUCUAGUGAGGCUUUGGUGGAGGAGGAAGUUAAUUCCAGCGACUCAGAUAUUAGUAUCGGUUCGAAGGAUUGGGGUGAAGUUGAUGCAGAUAUUCUAGCAAGGAAACAAGCUAGAAAAGUAUCCAAGCAAGCUGCCAAGAUCAUGGCUAUGAAUUCAAAGUCUAACGAGGAAAGUCCUAGCCGUAAGCAUAACAAAGAUAUUCAAAUAGGGUUAGAGGAAAAUAUGUUUGAUCUGGAUAAUAUUUUGUCUAAGGAGGAACUAGAGGCGAGUACCAUUCAGAUUGAUGAAGUGCGUGCUAAUUUCAUUAGAUAUCCAGCCUUUAGAAAAGAUUAUUACAAGGAAAAUUUAGGAGCAAAUGGGUAUAAUGUCAACUAAGAAGAAAGCUCAAUCUCCUAUUAAGCUUGUUCCGGGUGGUAAUUAUGCUUCAGAUGAAAAUGGAGAGGAUUAUGACUAUGAUGAAAAUUAUGACGAUUAUGAAGAUCAUUACAAGGAGAUUUAUAGAGACUAUGAUUUAACUUAAAUAAUUGCUGGUCUCAUACCCAAGAAGAAGAAUUUUAGAGUUGGAAAUAACGGGCGAAGAAGAUUUUAAUUUUCCUAGUUUCCUUCUUUAUGUUUUUCAAGUGUUUAGGAGUUUUUCUUUAAGUGAUUUUAGAGUUUUUUUGCCCCUUUGAUUUAUGGGGUUGGGGAGGCCUAGAGCCUCCCAUUUUGUAAUUCUUACGUUUUUUUUGCUUAAUAAACCUUUUUGACCUAGCAAAUUUUUUUUUGACUUUUUCUCUAACUACUUGAUUCUAACACUUCCUUGAUUUGGGGAAAACACUCCACAUAAUUCCAUCUCUUCCUCAUAUUUCUGCCUACCACAGCUGAAAUCAGUUACCUGCAUUUGACUUGAUAAACAGCUCUCUUCCUAAACUGACCACGCUCCAAUUCUGAUUCCAUAUUAUGGACUGCACCCUUCUCGACUUGAACUUCACCAGCAUCUCAGCACCAUCUUCUCGCCAUUCAGUCACUGACAAAACCCAUCAGCACUAACAAUCCAUACAUCUACUGUUGCUGCUAAUUAGCUCUUAAUGGAGGUACCAAUUUACUCGCAGAUAAAGCCCAACACCUCCAGCAACGUUUCCUGCAGUCACCCAUUGAAUUGCAGCAACUUCAUUCGAAUCAAUAACCCCAUAUAUCAGUAGAAACACAAUCAUUACUUCCUUGCUCCAUCUCGUCUUUGAAAACAAAAACCCCCAAGUUUGUUGCUACUCCAACAGUUCUUCAAUUGUAUGGCUCGAGCAACACCGUUCCAUCUUGUUUCAGCUCAAGGACAAAUAACCCUUUCUUUGCUUUUUUUUGAUAAGUCAAAAAUUGUAUCAACCCAACACCAAUUUGAUCACUAUCUCAAGCAAUUGACCUCUCCAGAUUUCAGACUCAAUGGAUUAAAUCCAUUACUACAGUUCUAUUUAUGCUUCUUGACUUCAUAAGCACCUUCAAGUACCGGAGUUGUUGUUCGAAAGAAUACACAAAAUCAAACAACUUAAAGUGAAAGAAUAAACAAAAUCACCUUCAACAGCUGACCACCAGCCCAUCUCGCACAAUCAAUGACCUAAAUCAGGUAGCGGUGUUGUUGAAACCCCAACCAGCUAGAUCAGUUUGCUCCCAUCUUCUCCUGCGUA